ACAUGGCUGCUUCUGUACGGGUGAGGACGUGGAACAGCACGGCUAGCUCAGUGAAAACCUGGCUCCUUUAUUUGGCUGGGAUUAUUUUACUAGGAGAUGUAAAUAGCGGGGUGAUGGCAGCUCCAGAACCAGGACAAUGGAGAAUUACAGUUGUCAAUACCUCAAGACCAUUGCUUUUGAGGAAAUCCAUGUAUAAAGACACUGAUAUCAAAUUGAAAGUUGUGUCCUUUGGAUGUCCAGAGGAGAUGACUUUUACCAUUCAAUGGUACUUGAAAUACUACCCCUGUCACAACGAGUUCAAUAAUAUUGAGGAAAUGUAUGAGAGGACGCCACUGAGUCGAGGACAGAGUAUGGAUCCUAACCCUCUAGGACAAGGGGAAUGCAUUGAGCACAAGCACAAGCCCUUGACCUGCAACAAUGACCUGCGAUACUUCCCAAUGCUAAAUAAAGCCAAGGUGGAACCACGGACAGUUGUCCCGCCCAUGGAAGGGGCAGCACCGGGUUCGGAUGAGAACUACACCAAAUGGACGAUGGAGGAGUACGACAAAGUCAGCGGUGUGAAGAAUGCCAGUGUGUCACUUAAAGAUGAUGUCAUUGCCACCACGUGGAAGGAUGGCCCCUAUCUGUUUGUGGUGGUGAUUAAAUCUAACAAACAGGAAGCCAACUGGAAUUUAACUGUAAACGUUGUAAUGAAAGGAACUCACGGCUACAUCUCCAUCACUGAAUGGCCUCUCAUGAUCUUCUACAUGGUGAUGUGUAUAGUGUACAUCCUGUACGCGUUACUCUGGUUCAUGUGGGCUGCCUGCUACUGGAAGGACUUACUGCGGAUCCAGUUCUGGAUAGCUGGAGUCAUCUUUCUGGGCAUGGUGGAGAAGGCUGUGUUCUGUGCUGAGUACGAGAACACCAACGGUGUCGGGGCAGCUUCUCCAGGCCUGUUGAUCUUUGCUGAGCUCAUCUCUGCCCUGAAGAGAACCCUGGCACGGCUGCUGGUCAUUAUUGUUAGUCUGGGAUAUGGUAUAGUCAAGCCUCGACUGGGUACAGUGAUGCACAGAGUGGUGGGACUAGGCGUCCUGUACUUUGCCUUUGCUGCUAUCGAAGGUGUGCUUAGGAUCACUGGGGGUCGUGACAAUGGCCUUUCCCUCAUCACAAUCGUUGUUCUAGUUGUGAUGGACUCCUGUAUCGUCUGGUUCAUAUUCGUGAGCCUGGCUCAAACUAUAAAGACACUGAAGCUGAGGAGAAACCCAGUCAAACUGUCUCUCUACAGACACUUCACGAACACACUCAUCUUUGCCAUCAUAGCUUCAAUCAUUUUCAUGGUGUGGACGACAAAAAAAUUCAGGCUAGCAGAUUGUCAGUCGGACUGGAUGGAGCUGUGGGUAGAUGAUGCCUUCUGGAGGUUCCUCUUCUCCAUCAUACUGCUGGUUAUCAUGUUCUUAUGGAGACCAUCUGCUAACAACCAGAGGUAUGCAUUCACUCCUCUGAUGGAUGACUCUGAUGAUGAGGAGAUCGAGGAGUUCCUGGUGUCAGCUAAUUUGGCUGACGGCAUAAAGUUGAGAGCAACCAACUCCAGGAGUGAGACGAACGGUUCAGCCAAGCCUUCAGGACCCAACCCGGAUGAAGACAUGAAAUGGGUGGAAGAGAACAUUCCUACCUCUUUAACAGACAUAGCGUUGCCUGUUCUUCUCGACUCGGAUGAGGAAAUCAUGACCACAAAAUAUGAAAUGUCCAAGAUGGAGUAACAUGGAAAGUCUUCCUCCUACCCACUGUGGAUGCAGAGCAUCUCUUCCUCGGAUUCCUAAUGCAUGGCAUGGAAUAGACAGAUCAUCUGGAGCACGACACCUCUCCAAUCCUAGUCCUAGGGCUGUUUAGGCUGAGGCUCAGACCUCUGUUCCUCUGUACAACACUACUGUGGCUUAACGCAACACCUCUGACUUUGCGAUCAGCAGGGUCCUAUUCAUUGGGCAUCAAAUGGAAGAAAAUUGAUUAAAACGGGGAGGUACUACUUCAACUUGUCCAAUAAGAAAUACUUGUUUUAGUUUUCCUUUCCAGAGUGUUUUGUUAUGGUGUGCCCUAAUGUAUUCAACCUAUGUUAUAUGUGGGCAACAGAAAAUCUCACCUGCAAUACUCCUAUUCUGUGCGUCCCAAAUGGCACCCUGUUCUCUAUAUAGGGCACUGCUUUUGACCAUGGCCCAUAACGUUUUAUAGGGAAUAGGGUGCCAUUUGGGAUGUAACUUAUGAGACUUCUGUUCCCCCCAAAAAUACUUCACUUUAUGUUAAAUGCUGUAUGUAUUUAUUAACAUUUUUGCUCACUAAACUUGACUUUAUAGGAGAGAGGAACAAGCUGGUAUAUUAUUUCAACACCAAUUGGACACACUGCAUAAUAACAUUACCAAUAUUAUUUUGAUAGAUGAUAACAUUCAGAGGUGUAAAGUAAACGUUAUUUAUUAUAUGUUUCACUAAGUGAAGCUUUAUUGCUUCCUAACCAAAGUAUAAUGUGAUGUGGGAGAGUUUGUGUGCGUUUUUGUCUAGGCUGGGACACAGGAUUCAUAUGUGCAGUGUGUUACGCAGUACUAAACAGACGUGUUCUUGAUAAUGUCAGUGUACAAUUGCAGGACUUUAGGUCUGUUCAGGAGGAUGUAACAUUACAGAAUGUUCAGAUAGAAAUGUAUGGUGUAGAAGAGAUUGUCUCUCAGAUAGAAAUACAAGGAAUAGAGCUGACAUGAUUCCCUAUUCUAUCUACUAUCAAUGUUCAGAAAGUUUACAUCACUGAAUGGACCCCUGAGGUUGGUUGAGGCUUACGUCAUUGAGGAGUUGUGUGUUUGAAUGUGAGUGGAGGGAAUCUUUAGCCUGGUUCCAGAUCAGCAAUAACAGCGUUACAAUGGCCAUAGGAGUUGGCAAGACGGCACAAACACAUCUGGGAUCAGGCUAGGAAGUCCUCUGUUUCCGCUAGUCAAAUAAAGAGCAAUAUUAUAUACGUCCUAUGACCCUGUAAGGUUUACUUACACUCCUCUAGUACCCUCCCCUUAUCUUUUUUACAUUGCUUGUGCACUAAAUGGUACCCUAUUCCCUAUAGCAGGGGUGCCAAACUCAUUCCAUGUAAGGCUGAGUGUCUGAAGGUUUGUUUUUUCCUUUCAAUUAAGACCUAGACAAUCAAGUACAAAGGAGGAGUGAAAACCCACAGAUGCUCAGCCUUCCAUGGAAUAAGUUUGUAAAGAGUGCCCUAUAUAGUGCACUACUUUUGACCAGAUCCCUAUGAGCCCUGGUAUAUAGUAGUGUGCACUAUAUAGGGGAUAGGGUGCUAUUUGGGACAAACAUGGUUAUUUAUGUUUAAGUGUACUUACAACUUGCUUUAUUUAGUUUAGUUUACUCUAUAGGUACAUUUAUGGGGAUAUUGUUAUUGUGUGAUAAGUUUUAAUGUUAUUUCUGAUUUGUUCUCAUCUGUCUAGCUUUUUCUAAACCUCUUUUUAAAGGACAAACUAUUGGAAAUGA